CGGGCCAUGGCGGCGGCGGCGGGGGCGCGCGGCGCCCUGCGCGUGUUGGCGGCGCUGCGCGGCCGGGGUGCGAGCCGGGCGGCCAUGUCUUCGGAUGCACCGUGGCUGACAGCGGAGGAGAGGAGCCAACUUCUCCGCGGCCUGAAAGCAGCCGGAUGGUCGGAAUUGAGUGACAGAGAUGCCAUCUGCAAGGAGUUCACCUUCAAGAGUUUUAACCAGGCUUUUGGCUUUAUGUCCAGGGUUGCUCUACAAGCAGAAAAGAUGAAUCAUCACCCAGAGUGGCUGAACGUGUACAACAAGGUCCAGAUAACUCUCACCUCGCAUGACUGUGGAGGCGUGACCAAGCGUGAUGUGAAGCUGGCCCAGUUCAUUGAAAAAGCUGCUGCUUCUCUGUGACCUUUCAGACACAUGCCUGCAAUGUUUCUGAAGCCAUUUAUGAGAAUAAAUGAAGUCAUAAAUCAGUUUGCUUUCACAUA